UGUAAAAUCAUUACGUAGUGCUGGUUGCUGCCUUUUGUGAGCUUCGUGGGCCUCCUGACGCCGCCUCCUCACAGGGUGCAGCAGCGGGACCAUUGAGACGCCAACUGUCGGUUAGGUUUGCUGGGUGUAAACAAAUCUGUACACCUCCGAGAUCUACGGAAAAUAAAACCUUUAUGAGAACCUGUUUGCUGCGCUGUAACAGCCGGCCCUGGCGCUCAUCAUGUAGGAAAACUGACGCAUGUUUGACGCCCGGGAGCGGUGUAACUUUUGUUGACAGCUGAUUCUUCUGGUUAAACCAGUGCCAUCAUUUAACCGGUGGGAUCCCGGACAUUUUAUUACUAUGCUGUGCCUAAAUCGCUAGCUAACUAACGGCGAAGAAUCUGGAUAAUUUGUGCGGUUUUUUUUUUUUGCAUCAAGGCGCUCAGCUAGCUUGCAUAAUAUUCCCUUGAACAUGGCAUCUGCUGCUGCGGAGCACGACCUGUCUCUGUCUGAGGCGGACAGCAGCAAAGAGAAAGGCCAGGUGUUCGGGAUACUGAGGCUACAGGAGGAGAAAUCAGGUGCAGGGGAUAAGGCGAACAGCACAGUGAGAGGAGGUGGUGUGGUAGACGGGCGAUGGCAGGCUCCUAUCUUCGCUUUAGCCAGGAAAGCAUCAGAGACCAUUUCAGGAAGCAUUCAUGUCCUUCCCAAAGUGUCGGAACACAGGACUUCCCUUCCUGGGGACUGGACUGUCCAAGCCAUGCGUGACCCCAUGGCCAUGGAGCGGGCCAACCUACUGAACAUGGCAAAGCUCAGCAUCAAAGGCCUGAUUGAGUCGGCUCUGAGCUUCGGACGGACGCUGGACUCAGACUACCCACCUCUCCAGCAGUUCUUUGUGGUCAUGGAGCACUGUCUGAAACACGGCCUCCGAGUGAAGAAGUCCUUCCUGGGUUUCAACAAGUCUCUGUGGGGUCCUCUGGAGCUGGUGGAGAAGCUGUGUCCGGAAGCAUCAGAGAUCUCUGCCUCUGUACGAGACCUACCUGGGCUCAAGACCCCUCUGGGCAGAGCCAGGGCAUGGCUUCGUCUGGCACUUAUGCAGAAACGGCUGGCCGACUACCUGCGACUCCUCAUCACUCGAAAAGACCUCCUCAGUGAUUUUUACGAGGAUUCGGCGCUGAUGCUGGAGGAGGAGGGAGCGGUGAUUGUGGGCCUGCUGGUGGGCCUGAACGUCAUCGAUGCUAACCUGUGUGUCAAAGGCGAGGACUUGGACUCUCAGGUCGGAGUGAUUGACUUUUCCAUGUAUUUGAAAAAUGACAUGGAUGAUUACAGGAGCGAGGAGAGGAAUAGCCAGAUAGCAUCCAUCUUGGAUCAGAAGAACUACGUAGAAGAACUGAACCGGCAACUUAACUCCACGGUUCAUGGUCUUCAGAGCAGAGUCGAUUCACUAGAGAAGUCCAACUCGAAGCUCAUAGAGGAGCUAGCCAUAGCCAAGAACAACAUCAUCAAACUGCAGGAAGAAAACCAGCAGUUGAGGGGUGAAAACAACCUGAUUUUGCUGAAGGCACAACAACAUUUGGAGGUAACUCAAGGCGACGCGUCAGUGGAGCGGGACACCUACAAACAGUCACGUCAUGGUUUGGAUGAGAUGUACAAUGAAGCCAGGAGGCAGCUGAAAGAGGAGUGCCAGCUCAGACAGGAUGUUGAGAAUGAGCUGGUUGCACAGGUGUCGAUGAAACAGGAAAUGGAGCUGGCCAUGAAGCUUCUGGAAAAAGAUAUUCAUGAAAAACAGGACACACUGAUUGGACUGAGGCAUCAACUGGAUGAGGUGAAAGCCAUCAAUGUAGAAAUGUACCAGAAGAUGCAGUCAUCCGACGAGGAGAUGAAGAAGAAGAACGACGUGAUCAGCCGCCUGGAGGAGAAGACGAAUCAGAUCAAUGCCACCAUGAAGCAGCUGGAACAGAGCGAUAAAGAUCUGCUCAGCCAGACCAGAACACUUGCCAUGUCAUUUGUUAAGUGUGCCAGCACAGACACAGAGCACCAGUACAAGCUGGUCAAAGACAUCUCCUUUUGAGGACACGCUCGCACCGAUAACUCACUGAACUCUGAACAACAUUCCUGUUAUUUAACUCACUAUAAUGAAAUGGUUUUAGGGGCCAGAGAGGCACAGCAGAAUCGGGUAAAACACAGAUGUUUGGUUCAGUUCCUGAGACGGUCCUGAGAUUCAUGGUGAUAUUUGAGACGGGUUUAAUGAUGUUGCGUCCAGAGAACUGUUUGAUUGUUGAUUAAAUGCCAGUUAAAUGAAUUAUACACUACCUAUAUAUUCAGUCACAUGUGCAACACACUCAGUUCCAACAGUGGUCAGUUUAUAUGCAGUAAGAUAGUUUGAAGUGUAAUCAUUGGGUCUUUUUUAUUGUUAUUAAGUGGGAACACCAAAAGUAGGGUGAGUCAUUUGUAGCGUUUUGUCAGAAUAGUGAUGUUAAUGCAGUCACAGAGCGGCAUCUACUUUGUUUUUUUCCCGUUUUGUUACAUUUACAGUAAAAGUUUCAGAAAUCUUUGUGUGAUUUUUAUGUGACAAAUCAACACAACGUUGUGUGUAAAUAAGAAAUUGAAGGAAAUGGAUAUAUGGUUUUCACCUUUUCCACCAAAACAGAUCUAAAAAGUGUGGCGUGCAUUUGAACUCAGUCCACUUUAAUCCAAUACCCAUGAAAGGAAUCCAGUGCAAACAAUCGCCUUGAGAAGACACAGAAUUCGUUGGUAAUUAGUCCGUAAUUUAACGUCAGUAUAUAUCCAGCUGUUCUGUGAAGGCCUCAGAGAUUUGUAGAGAACAUCAUGAAGACCAGGGAACACAGCAGGUUUUGUUAAUCCCACAGAGCACUGGUUAACUCAUCAUUUGAAAAUAGAUUUAUAAGUUUAAUGAGACUAAACUGAGCUUUUUGCAGUACAUGCAAAAACCUGUGGAGAGAAAUCAAAGUCCUUAAAACAUUAUCCCAAUGGUGACGCAUGGAGAUGGUGGUGGCAGUGUCAUGCUGUGGGGAUGCUUUUUAUUUGAAUCAAGAACAGGGAAACUUGUCAGCGUGAAAUGGAUACAGCAAAAUCCUAGAAGUCUGCAGCUACAGUCAAAGAUUAAAACCAGCUGUAGAGGGAGGAGGCGAUUUUUCGGCCGCUCCCUUGUUUAAUGGUCGCUAGACCAGAUCAGUACAACUUGCACUCAGACUUGGCAAAGUUAUUCCACCAGAUGCCCUUCCUGACACAACCUGGAGUUGAAUCCAUUUCCCCCGUAACAAAGAUGCAGACUUACCCCACUACACCACGAGGGAACUAAUGCAUCACAAAACCCUGAAUCCGCUUCCUUCCACUUCACAAAUGUGCUAUUUUGUGUUGGUAUUUCACAUAAAAUCACAGUAAAAUAAACUGAGGUUUUUGGCUGUAAAGUGACGAAAUGUGAAAAAGUUCAAGAGGUGUGUCAACUUUUCAUGGUAUCCAGAAGUCAGUCAGGGAGGAUUUCAGAGCAGACAUGCUGUCAGACAGGAUUGUGUUUGUGCAGCCCUGUGCUUCAGAUCUGUUGCUGGUUUGUGCUGCAUGUGUUGCACCUCCUGACCUGCUUCAAAGUGGCUGUGACGACCCCGUCUGUGCCUGCAAUCAGUCCCUCCUGACCUCACUCUCAAGCUGUCUGUAGUAAAAGUUUCUGUAAGAGUUAAUUCAGUUUUUAGACACAUUGCAGAAUAUAUUUUAAAAUUUUGCAGGGUCAAAUUCCCAGACGUGAAAUAUUGUGUGCAGAAACAGAGCUGUAAAAAUCUGCAUUGUUCUUGUUUUUGGCAUAUUGACUGACUUCUGUGAUAUACAGUAUAUUAAAAAUAAUCCUUCUGACUAUUCUAACUUACAUGUUUAUAAAACUUUGGAUUUUUAGGCAGAAAUAAAGACCAAGUUCUGCUAGUUAAACCUCACAACUGUUAUCUUUUACCACAGUGAUCAAUAAAUGAAAGUGUUUUGAAAGUG